UGAAUUCAAUUCCAGAUUUUCAUGUUUCGCAGGACCUUCCUGCAUGAUUGAAUGUAUCAUACAUGUACAAUCGCACCCUCUUCAUGGCAUUCAACCCCGUUUUUGUCUCGUCAGCAGUACAGUACUUUGCGUGACACUACCUGGGCCGUUAGGUGCGCUGCCCAACUGCCUUGUUGAUCGCCACAAUGUAUGCUGUACCGGACGAUGUUGCAGUGCGCACCUUCUGAGCGUUUCAUGAACCUCUCCUCUCAUUUUUUCGUCGGCUCGCUGUUCUCAGAGAAGAAUCGUGAGGUGUUUCUGCAGUUGCUCGUUGCGUCUAUCUCGUCCAUACGUACAGUAGACUCUACGUUUUGAAGUUUUUGCGUCGAUAUUACAAUGGCUCAAACACGAUCAGUAUCUAUCUCUGUUUUUCUAUUGGUGAUUGCUUCCGUGUGUACUGUACCAGUACUUGUACUUGUACACACGAAGACUUCCUCCUUGCGUGGAAAUGGAGACCGCGGCAUCGUCGACGCUGAAGAUACUAAGCGCCCAUCAAGUGAAGGAAGCGGGACACAGCGCAAGCUGCUGUCCAUGGAAUUGGACUACGAAUUCGUGCAGAGAGCAAACCUUGCACACUAUCUGAGUAAGCUCAUGAAGAGAAACACGCUACUGGACGAAAUUGAUUAUUGGAAUGACUAUUAUCAGAGCUUUAUGGCUUGGGACUUCUUGGGGCAUGACCGCGCAAUGGUGGUCAAGAAAGACGAUGUAUGCUACACUCACUUCAAGGCGCAAAGUCGUAAUUCCUUGAUUGACAUUUGGCAAACCCUGAAUCCCCUUGUCCAGCGCAACGCUUACGGAACUGGUUGCGAUGUUCGAAAGAGCUACUACAAUGCCUACGAAGCUCCGUACCAAGAUGAGAUGAAAGCCGAAACAGAUCGAUGCGUGAAGUCAUGCGAGAAUGGUGACUGCCCCCUGAUCUUGUGCGGAACAUCCACAGGUGGCGCAAGUGCCAUGGUUGCAGCCCUGGAUCCAUUCAUGCAGAAGUACGAUCCACUCGUCAUUGUCACAGGACCCCUACGAGCAUUGAUCAGCGAUGAAUGUGACGCUUUGGACACGGACAGGAUCUAUCGGAUUACCACGGCCAAUGCUGGUUACUACGACGCCGCAUCCGAUGGCUCUCCGAAAAUGGGGCGUCAUUUUGGACACCACAUUAUGCUCGACGAAAUGAGUAACCCGUUCUACAUUGGUCCUGAUGACAGUACCCUCCGACAACCCGACAACUACAACAUCCACAUUGUGGAAGCCUACAUCAAUCGCUUGCAAGCAUUGGCGGACCGCCCUGCUUCGGAUUAUCCCAUGACACUCGAACAAUUCCCCGAUGGACACUGGUGUACUCUUAGUGACGAAUGCAAUUCUGGGCACUGCCAACUCGACGAUCCACUACUAGAAGGAGUGUGCUCCGAACUAGGAGGGGGUGCCGCUGAUGUGUCACGCGAUGAUGUGUUGCUCGCUGUGGGCUCUAUUUGCUCGAACGCGGAUGAGUGUGCGACAGGCAUGUGCGUGUUAGGCAGAUGCGCCAUGGAGGACGGCUUGUUGGCCGUGGGGUCUUACUGCGAAGAGCACGAAAAUUGCGCCACUGACAAAUGCGUGGACAACUUUUGCAUGGACAAGACAGGCGAAGGAUCGUGGUGCCGAAACGAUUGGGAGUGUGCCUCCAAUCUUUGUGCGGGUCGAUUGUCCUGGAUUAUGAUGAGACGAUGUGCGGCGGAUCCUUAGCUAGCCGGCUAUACCAGGUACUUAUUGGCUGGAAGCGAGGGUGCCUUUACGCAUACAUUUACUACGCUCAAUCUGAGUGAAUGCAUAACGAUACAUCGCAGUACAGCUUCAAGGGACCCCUGACGCCUUCAAUAAUACACUUCAUAAUAGACUAACCUUAUUGC